UUAGAAACAUUGAAGAAGUGAAAGGUGGUGUUUGGAGUACCAUUUCCAUUCCCACAUUUCUCUCUCCUACUUCCUCUCUCAAACAAAACCCUCUCUCUCUCUCUCUCUCUCUCUCUCUCUCUCUUCACAGGAGCUUGCGAGGGUUGCUGUCAAUUUCCCUCCAUGUUCCGCUCUCUCUUGUCUUCUUGAUCCUUCACAAACUACGGAACACAGUUUUCACUGUUCCUUUACUUUCUGAGCUUAAUUGAGCUUCCGAUUCGAGUUCGUUCCGAUUCCCUGCACGCAAACGAGUCGUUUUUUUGGAUUUUAGCGUCGCUUCCUUUUCAGGUAUCGUCUUGUAGUGUUAAUUGUUUUUCCUUCGUGUUUUCGUGCUGCUCUUAAAUUUGUUUGGUGGAAAAUUUUGAUCUAUUAAAUAUUUAUGUAUUUAAAGAUAAUUAUAAAUCAUCUUAAUAAAUAAAGAAAGUAAUAAAUGCAUUAACUCUUAAAAUGAUUUUAAUGCUGCAAUUUUUUUUCUCUUUGCUCAGGCUAUUAAUAUUGUAAUAAAUGUGUACUGUGUUGUAGUGGCCGGAUUUAGGGUGUUGGGAAGAAUCAAUUCCGUGUUAUAUAUGCAUGCUUAACCUUUGUGGUUUUUUAGGGUAGAAAUCGUGCCGUGAUUUUUUUGUUCAAUGAUCAUGUGAUUACUCGUUUUAUAUUUGAUUCCGGUUUGGGUAAGCAUGAUUAGUUUGAUACUGUAAUAGAUUUGGAUGUUUUUUCUUUUUUGGGUCUGAAAAACUUCGUGUUUUCCUGGUUUACAGGAGAGCGUCAUUAAAUACUGAGUCAGAUUUCGCUGCAGUAGAAACUUGGCUAUUGAGUAUUUAUGCUCACUGCUUUACUUACCAGCUUUCAUCUUAGUUGCUUGGCUAAUAUUGUACCUUUUGAAUAUUUUUAUUUCAGUUUAUGUGCUGCAGUAAUUCUUUUUAGCUUUUAAGGCGUCUUCUUAAAGGUUAUUUCUUGUUUUCUUAGUUGUAUGGAUUUGGAUCAUUUCUUGCUGUUCUGUUCAUAUUAUCUUGAUGUGGUUUUUAGCUGCUUGCCCUGUGCAAAAGAAAUAUCUGAAAAUAGUGGAAUUUAAAAAUGAAAUUUAGUGGUUGUGUAAGCAAAUUUAGAACUUUUCCUGGUUUUAUCCGUUUUCACUUUUGUAUGCUUUAAAGGCUUUUUCUUUAUGGUUGUGGAAUGUUUGGGCAGAAACUAUAUAAGAUGAGAAAGAUGAAUAACGAGGUUGAAGAUGAGGUGCUUCCCAAUGAUCAGAGUGGGUCACAGUUGAAUGAUGAGGGUUAUGAUGGAAGUGCUGGUGUUGUUCUGAAGAAAGGGCCAUGGACAUCUGCUGAAGAUGAUAUUUUGGUCGAUUAUGUCAAUAAGCAUGGGGAGGGGAACUGGAAUGCUGUUCAGAAGCACACAGGGCUGUUACGCUGUGGAAAAAGUUGUCGGCUGCGGUGGGCUAACCACUUAAGGCCAAAUUUAAAGAAAGGGGCAUUUACUUCAGAAGAGGAGCGGUUGAUUGCUGAACUUCAUGCCAAAAUGGGAAACAAAUGGGCACGCAUGGCAGCACAUUUGCCUGGUCGUACAGAUAACGAGAUAAAGAACUACUGGAACACCCGGAUCAAGAGGCGUCAACGGGCUGGCUUGCCACUUUAUCCUCCAGAUGUGUGUUUGCAAGAUUUGCAGGAGAGUCAGCGUGGCCAAAGCACUGGUGGACUUAAUGGUGGCAAUAAAAUGCAUCCCGAUUUCUUGCAGAAAAACAGUUUUGAGAUACAUGAUGCUAUAUUUGACAGCCUGAAGGAUAAUCAUGGAAUUUUACCUUAUGUGCCUGAGCUUCCUGAUAUCUCUGCUUAUGGGAAUAUGCUAAAAGGUCUUGAUUCUUCUCAGUAUUGUAGUUUUGUGCCACCAACAUCUCCUAAGCAUAAGCGCCUUAGAGAGUCAACAAUGCCAUUUAUUGAUUCCAGUGAUAUGAACAGAAAUGGUUUAUAUCCAUUUGAUCAAAUUCAGGAUAAUAAUUCUGAUGAGAUUGCACAAUCAUUUGGAAUGCAAGCACCCCUUGAUCAUGGUCCCUCCUCGCACAGCUCAAUUUGUUACAGCCAUUCACUUUCAAAUGGCAAUUCCUCUACUUCUAAGCCAACUUUUGAGGCGGCGAAGUUGGAGCUCCCUUCACUCCAAUAUCCAGAACUUGAUUUAGGUAGCUGGGGUACAUCUCCCCCACCUCCUUUGCUCGAGUCAGUUGAUGAUUUCAUUCAGUCUCCUACACCAAUUAGUACGCUGGAUUCAGAUUGUUCUCUGCAAAAUAGUGGUCUGCUGGAUGCUUUACUUUAUCAGGCAAAGACUCUGAGCAGUUCAAAGAACCAUUAUUCUGACAAGAGUUCAAAUUCAUCUACUGCAACUCUUGUUGACAGACCAGACAGCUCUGCUUUGAAUGUGUACGAGACAGAAUGGGAAGACUAUGCUGACCCUGUAUCCCCUUUUGGUGCAACUUCAAUAUUGAACGAGUGCCCUGCUCUUGGUGCCAAUGUGAAUUCAUUGGAUGAACAGCCCAUUCAGGCCUUUAAUGGCAACAUUGUGAAAUUAGAGUCUGUUGACCAGAUUUGGACUCCUAACAGUGAAAAUCAAGCCGUGUCCCUGUUGAAUAUUACUCGUCCAGACUUCUUGCUUGCUUCAGAUUGGCAUGACCUGGGUUCUGGAGACGGCAAGAACCAAGCCAUCACAGCUGAUGCUUCAACGACCCUUCUUGGAGAUGACUAUAAGCAUAUGACUGCUGGAAAUUCUAAGUCAAGUCAGGCGUGGGGGUUUGGUUCUUGUGCAACUGCAAUUAACAAUAUGCCUGCUGUCUGUCAGGUGUCUGAUCUUGGUUAAGAAAACUUCUGAGAUGCGCGAUUUGAAACUCUUAGUAGAAUCAUGUUGAAUUUUUUAACGUGGUCGUCAGGUGUUUAUCUCCUGAGCUGAGAGAUUUUAUAUGGGUGUGAUUUAUCAGAGACUUGUUCUCUUGUGCAUUUGUCAAAUUUUUUUGGGUGUUGCAUGUAUUGUAUACCACCAUGAAUCUUGUGUACACAAAUGCUUGUGCAGACUUCUGAUUAAUUUGUAGAACGACAUUGCAAUUGAACCAUUGGACUGCGUGUAGCUGGAUGGAU